AAGAUAUUUCUCUCACCCUCCUUCUGUUCCCCCUCCCCCUUCUCCACCCCUGCUGCCCCAACACUUCCUUCCCCACUUACUGACAAGACAGUAGCACCCUAACCUUGGGCCAGCCAGGUCUCCUACCACAGGCAAAGAAGGGCUUCCCAAUGGCUACCAAUAUCACAACCACAGCAUCCUACAUGCCCAACUUCAGGCUCAUCGGAUCCCUGUCCAUCAUACUGCUCUCACUGGCCCUGGUGUUGGGACUUCCUGGAAACAGCUUUGUGGUAUGGAGCAUCCUGACCCAAAUGCGCCGUCGCUCUGUCACUGCCCUUUUGGUCCUGAACCUGGCAUUGGCUGAUCUGGCAGUGCUGCUCACCGCACCUUUUUUCCUCCACUUUCUGGCCCAUGGUUCCUGGUCUUUUGGUCUUACUGGGUGCCGCCUUUGCCACUACAUCUGUGGAGUCAGCAUGUAUGCCAGCGUCCUAUUCAUCACAGUCAUGAGCCUUGACAGAUCCCUGGCUGUGGCUCGCCCUUUCCUCUCCCAGAAAUUUCGAACCAAAGCAGCUGCCUGGCGGGUCUUGGUGGGCAUCUGGGUGGUUUCCGCCAUUUUGGCAGUGCCAGUUAUUGUGUACCGGAAAGUGACUGGGGAAAAAGGCAAAGAGAUAUGUGCUGCGAACUACACCACCCCCGGCCAUAUAGCUUUCCAUUUGCUCUUUGAGUCCAUCACGGGCUUUGUGCUGCCCUUCGUGGCCAUCGUAGGCAGCUACUCAGACAUCGGACGAAGGCUCCGGGCCACUCGAUUCCGUCGGAGCCGCCGCACUGGGCGCCUGGUAGUGUUGAUUAUUUUGACCUUUGCCAUCUUCUGGCUGCCCUACCACGCUGUGAACCUGGGAGAGGCUUCUAGGGCCCUGAGUGGGUAUGAAAUAGGAAAGGGGGCAGCAGGGCAGAGACUAAAGGCAGCUAGAUAUGUUCUCAUUGCCCUAGCCUUCCUCAGUAGCAGCCUGAACCCUUUGCUGUACGCCUGUGCUGGUGGCGGUCUGCUCCGUUCAGCCGGUGUAGGCUUUGUUGCCAAGCUGCUUGAGGGCACUGGCUCAGAGGUUUCCAGCACCCGGAGAGGGGGCACCCAGGUUCUAUCACCCCGUGGUAACCCCAACAGUCCUCAAGAACCCGGCCCAGCAGAGGAGGGACUCACUCUCUCCACCAACCCCAUUGACUGAACGCCUGAGUGGGGCCUGGGGGCUUGGCAGUGGGCCCUUUCUGGGAUCAGCACCCCUUUUCCCAGGGCUGCCUGGAGCAGGACACAGAGCUUAAUCCCUUUCCCCAGGGACUCGGAGUCAGAGAAGCUCUCCCUGUGGACGAAUGGUCUGUUUAUGUAGGAGAUGAAUAGACACAGGGGCUGAGACGGAGAAAGAGCUGGAAAAAGAUAAGGGUAGAAGGGAUCACAUUCCGAUCUGUCUCCUCAGCAGUUUUACAAAUUAAAAACCAAAGCCUGAAAAUUUGUCUAUUCAUGAGGGACACUCCCUGGAGGGCUGACCCGGGACUUUUCCCCAGCAAACUUUCCCCAGUGAAAUGCUAGGGCCAGGGGCAGAGAGGUGAGCCCCCCGCCCCCCUGGGGCUGUAAAGGAGGCAUCUGAUGGCCACACAUCUGAGUUAGAGGAUGAUUCUUUUCUGGAAACUGAAUGUGGGAAACCAGGCAUCCUGUUUAAGGCCACGGACAUUCAGAGAAGCUCACAGGCACAUCUAUACAUGCUUACAUAAACACAAAUCAUCUACAUGUACCAUUGAGGAGCCUGCAAAUGCCAAAUCACUCCUAAGAAAAUCAAGAAAGAUGUGCAUUUCACUGCAGACUAUCACUACCCUAGACUCCGUGUCUACCUAUACAUGUCCCUCACAGUCUUCUCUAGAAGCCCUGCAGAGCUGGAACAGAGGGCAUCUGCUCCACUUCCAUCUAGAGGGGUGCCCUAGUGACUAUCGUGUUUGUCAGAUUUCCUGCUGAUAAUCACUUCAGCCCCACACGGGAGGUAAUCAGCAUGAUAAAACACCAGGCUUUUAGAACUCCCCUUCAUAUCUAGUUGGAGGCCAUUUCUGUUCUUCAGUCACUCUGUUCUCUAAGAGCAAGCAGUGGUCCCAGAGGCCCUUCAAUCCAGCCCUCUGCCUGAAGACCCAGACCAGAAGGUCUGAUGCUGAGCCUCUCUUAAAUUCUUCAUCUGGGGGACUAGCGGUUCU